AUGUGAUGAUGACAUGUCUCCAAUAUGUAUUCCUGUGUACCAUCGGACAGUCAUUACUAUUCUGGGAUUACGCAUCCAGAAGGGAUGGAUGUUGUGGUUUCACAGCCCUGAUGGUAUUCCGUGCGUAAGCCUACACUUGGGGCGGAGGACGAGUAAAGUAGCCAAUAUAUCAUAUUGCCAGCAUUAGUAUAAAACUGAGUUUCAGGCUGUGUUGUUUUUAGAGGUUGUACUCAGGAAUACACCUUGUCGUUUGGCGCUAUGGAAGAAGAAAUCGAAAGCAGUUUGUUAAACCAGUCUUUGACCAGACUGGACCGCUUCAGCAACCUGGAGGACAUCGACGUGGUGGCCGGCGGUAGCCUGGUUUUGAGACUCCUCAUAUGCUUCGUUUACUCGGUUGUGUGCGCAGUUGGUUUGGUCGGUAAUUUAUUGGUGCUUUUCUUUAUUCGAGUCAAGCAAGAGAGAAAAAAAUCGAGGGUUAAUGUAUUUGUCCUGAACUUGGCGGUGACAGAUUUUCAGUUUGUUUUGACUUUGCCCUUCUGGGCAGUGGACACCGCGCUGGACUUCAGCUGGCCGUUUGGAAACGCCAUGUGCAAAAUCAUUCUUUCUGUCACAGUCAUGAACAUGUAUGCCAGCGUUUUUUUUCUGACUGCCAUGAGUGUGACCCGCUACUGGUCUGUUGUAUCCUCGCUGAAAGACCGAACCAGGCAAUGGUCUGUCUCUGCAAAAUGGGUCUGCGUAAUGAUUUGGGUAAUGGCAACCGUUGCGACGGCACCAACCUCUAUUUUUUCUUCUGUGACUAACGUGACGGGAGAAAAACUCUGUCUGUUGAGGUUCCCAGGUGGGCAAUACUGGCUGGCAGUUUAUCACAUUCAAAAGAUACUCAUUGGUUUCGUGUUGCCGAUGUCUAUCGUGUCCUUCAGCUACAUUAUGCUUCUACGCUUCAUUCGCCAUCGGAGCAUGAAACCGGGUAACCCGAAGAGGAGAUCGCAGGUAACGAAAUCUGUAACCAUCGUUGUUCUGUCCUUUUUCCUCUGCUGGAUGCCCAACCAGGCCAUCACCUUUUGGAGUGUGUUGGUGAAGCUGAACGCUGCAAACUGGGAUAAGGCGUACUACAUAGUUCACUCGUAUGUGUUCCCGGUUACCGUGUGUCUUGCGCACGCCAACAGCUGCCUAAACCCCAUCAUCUACUGUCUCAUGAGGAAGGAAUUUCGAAAGAAACUGAAAGACUUAAUUUUUCGAGGAUGAGUUUUUAUUGAUGAUGUUGUUGUUGUUGUUGUUGUUUUACCAAUAAUCAUCUACCCAAACGUUGCCAACAUUCACCAAGACGCACCGGGAGCGCACGGUGCUUCUCCAUGCGCGCAUGGAGCGCAGCUUCACAGGAUCGAGGCGAUUGACAUUAAACAAGCGCGAUAUGAGGAUCGUUUAUUCAAUGGUGAUUGUUCUAUGUAUGCUUACUGUUGCCACGUUGACAUACAAUUGCCUUCCUUUCUCGAUAUCCUAGAGUGGGUUAUUUCAGUUGAUGUAACCUAGGCCUACAGGAUAGGCUACAUGACUCUAGCUCACCGCUGAAAUAACACGCGCGUAUCCUACUAUGACAUUGUAUGCCACAGUAUUAUUUUGUUUAAUGUAUAAUCGUCAACCAAAGGCAAUAUCUGUAUGUAUAUCCGCGACUCCAAAUAAAGUUUAGGCUACUUGUUCGCUUAAUGAACUUCA